UCCGAUCCAACAUCCAACACUGGCAAAUAUAUUCAGAUUUGGAAAAAAAAAACUUAGAAAAACUACGAAAAUGGACAGUUUGAAUGGAAGAAAUGUGGCGCUUCUGGUCCUCUGUCUAUGUGCUUGCUACGCGCUGGCCACCGAGGAAGGCAAGGAAAUACCGGCAACUAAAUUCGGUCAGAACGUUGCGCCGACGAUGACUUUUCUUUACUGCUACUCGUGUGGCUACCGCAAGGCCUUCGAAGAUUACGUGGGCAUUCUCGGCGAGAAGUAUCCACAAAUGCAGGUGCACGGGGCCAACUACGAUCCGCCGGGCAUGAAUUACUACCUCUCAAAGAUCAUAUUCGCGCUGAAGAUUAUGAUUAUCGUGUCGGUGGUGAGCUCCGUCAGUCCCUUCACCUUUCUGGGACUCAACACGCCCAGCUGGUGGAGCCACCUGCAGGCGAAUAAAAUAUACGCCUGUAUGAUGAUAUUCUUUCUUGGCAACAUGCUUGAGGGACAGCUCGUUUCGUCGGGUGCCUUUGAGAUAACGCUGAACGAUGUGCCGGUGUGGUCGAAAAUUCAGACGGGCCGCUUUCCGGCCCCCGAGGUGCUUUUCCAAAUCAUCGACAACCAGUUGCAGUUCACCGAGAAAGUUCAGGAGAAUCCUGACUUUGUUAAAUAAUAAGAGCCUCUUCAGCCCAGGGACAGGAGGAGCAGAACUACAUCAAAAGAUGUGAACGAGCGUGUCCAAUGCAAGUUCUUGCUCUGACUGAUGACAUAAAUAGUUAUAUCUUUGUUUCACCUUAA